UCUGAAAUCAUUUUAAUUGGCUCCUAUUCUUCUGAUCUUUUCACAGACUUUAUUGGCAGAUGCCAACAGACCUAUCGUAUUUCCAUAAAGUAUGCUCAGGAGCAGCAGCCCUUAGGUACUGCUGGUGGUUUAGUGGCGCAGAAGGACACAAUCCUCGGGGACUCACCUGAAGGGUUGUUUGUUAUUAAUGGCGAUGUAUGUGGCGAUCUUCCGGUAGACGAAAUGGUGGCGCGUAUUGCUUGCUUACCUAAUGGUAGCUGCUUGCUCCUUACAACAGAAGCAACUCGAGAACAAAGUGGAAACUUCGGAAAUGUAGUCAUCGACAACAGUGGUCGCGUUGUACAUUAUGUGGAUAAGCCUACUACAUUUGUCUCAACUCAUAUUUCUUGUGGAGUUUAUCUCAUGAAACCGAGCGUCAUAAUGGAACUGAAAGUUGAACCCGCUUGUAAUUUAUGGUUCGAGACAGACAUUUUUCCUAAGAUGGCUUCGAAUGGGAAGCUUUUCGCUUUGCAUACUACUCGUUGGUGGAGUCAGACGAAGACAGCAGCGGCAGUCUUAUACGCUAACAGGCAUUACCUCCGUCUUUUCAAGAAGCGAUAUGCAGCACGUUUGUGCAGAGAUCGUGCCCAGAUCGUUGGUGAUGUUUUUAUCGAUCCAAGUGCAGAGGUGGAUAAAUCUGCUAAGAUCGGGCCGAAUGUAAGUAUCGGUCCGAACGCGAAAAUAGGAAAGGGUGUUAGAAUCAAGGAGUCGAUAAUUCUUGCCGAUGCAGUGGUUCACGAACAUGCCUGUGUCCUUCAUUCCGUUAUUGGAUGGCGCUCAGUUGUAGGAGCAUGGUCUCGAGUAGAAGGAAUUCCAAUCGCACCAAAUCCAAACCUCCCUUUCGCCAAGCUCGAGAACAAACCCCUUUUCUUGUCGGACGGUCGUCUUAAUCCAUCUCUCACGAUUCUGGGGUCUGAUGUAUCGAUAGCCCCUGAAACCAUUGUGCUAAAUUGCGUUGUUUUACCAUACAAAGAACUUUCUUGCAGUUAUAAGAAUCAGAUUAUUCUAUAA